AAAAAACAUGACAGUUUAAAAAAAAAGAAAAAGAAAAAAGGGGAGCUAAAAAAAUUUGCACCGUGCGACCCAGAUGUUUCAUCCCGCUGAUCACCUCCAUCCCCAUUGACGAAAGUAAAUACCCAACAAGCAUUUUCUUUUCUCCAUCACCCCCAUGUGGAAUGAGAAAAGUCUAACCCCGGGUUACAUAAUGGGGGCCAAACCCAAAUACCUGACCGUAAUGGGUAGGAUACCCUGUUUCUUUGAGGGCUCGAUGCAUUCAUUGGUGGUGAUGGUUUCUCUACGCGGUUAUUCUUCUAUUUCUGGAAGUUAUUUUUGUACAGCAGCAACUAGUAGGAUGCUGUGCGUCUUCGUACGUAGGGUAUGACAGGGGGCGGGGUUGGAGGUCAAAACGAUGCGAUGUGUCAUUUACCUAUGAGAUGGGUGGACUAAGCCCUACGAAAGUUUGUUGGUGGUGUCAGAUCAUCAGAUCCCUGUUCCCCAUGUGCUAGAUAGGAUUACGACUCGAGAGGUGGGAGGCCUAUACGAGGGAGAGCCUCUCGAGAGAAAAAUUUUGCGCCGCCGGGGAAUGAUUUACGUACUGUACUAUCAACUUUUUUUUCUACCCGCGUCGCUAUACUUUGUUAGGACUCCAUGUUGAAGAUGUUGGUAAUAUCGUUUACUCUUCUGAUCUUCUCUCUAUUUGGUCCACAAGCACGGUCUAAUAGAGCUGUCUUUACAACGGCCUUUGUUAUUUCUUCUUUUUCCCCUUUAUAUACUUCUGGUUUUAGAGCCAAUUCUUGGCUGAAGAAUCUCCUGAGGUAUGUUACGCAAAUCGCCCAAAAUUAUAGAAACAAAAUGCAAUCUCCGCCAAAUAAGAGUAAGCAAAGCAAGCAACUUAGUAUGCACAGAUCUGUAUGUACGGCAGAAUAGAAAGCAAAGGCCGAAAUCCCUUCAUUCCCCACUUCCGAGAAGCCGGGUUCCUCGCUAGUCUCAGAUCCAGGCCAUGUGCCCAUCUCCAGGGGUACAUACAUACAUACAUACAACGUACGUGUAUACAUGGCCACGGAUACGCGAUCGAUACCGAUGGGGAAAAUUCCUGGCCCCCAAUCCUGCGCAUGAUCACGAAUGCAAGGGAGCAACCACAGGCGGUUGUGUAACCCACGGAGGGACAAGGAACAGGCGUCACAUUCCUGUCUCUCUCGUGGCAGUCAGGGAAUAUUAGACCUCAAACAAGCGCCGAGGGGAUAGUAAAUCGGCUAAUCGAGGCUAUAGAUAGCAGCAGGAAAUGCUCUAGGCAUCGUGUUGAUACUAUUGUUGGGAGAUGGUGUGCUGCUUACUAGUUGCAGAUAAUCCAUGUUAAGUUACGCGCUUACU